AUGAUUUACACUAUUGGGCUACGAGGAUCCCUACUAGCGGCGCUCACACUCUCUUCGCUCUGUCUUUCGGAUCCUCCAGCAGGUAGCAGUCUCUUGUUUUCACCAUCACCUCUGUCUUUGCAGGUCUACGCUGCGAUUGGCCUGACAAUAGUCCAGUUGCUUUUGCCUCGUCGACCACAUCUCUUUACGGCAGAUGGCAGAGCUGUGGACCUCGAAAAUAGUUCCUCGGCAUUUCAUAGGUAUACCAUGCAUUGGUGCACAAGUGCCCUGCAUCUAGCUGGUAAUCAUGUGAAGCUUGACAAACUCCCUGCUCUAGACUAUUAUACUCGGUCGCAAAGCCAGCCACUUCUUCAGAUAGCAACCUCGAAGACUUCGUUGUGGUGCCGCAUAUUAUAUGACCGCUUUGCCGGCUUCGCCAAACAAUGGAUCAUAAUGAUUAUAAGAUCUCUCGUUACAUUUGUGUCUCCUUAUUGUGUCAUGCGGCUUCUUAGGAGUCUGGAAGAACAGCCUGAAUCAAGGCACGAUGCUUGGUUUUGGCUGAUAGGAGUUGCUAUAUCGUGCUUAUGCCAAACCCUGCUUCACCACCAUCUGCUGUGGAUACAGUGGUCUGAAAUGGCAAUUCCUGUCAGGGCACAACUGAUCAUGGCAAUCUUUGCCAAAGUGCUAAAGAUGAAAGAUUCUAAAGACCCCCAAAGUCCUAAAGUCGAGAAGCCUGAAGCCAUUAAUCUCAUUUCGUCCGACAGUGUUUCUCUCAGUAAAUUCACAGCUGUCAACCACUAUAUCCCAGCCACAUUAUCCAAAUUUCUUUUUGCUGCGCUAUUUCUGGUACAAUUAGUUGGAUGGCAGGGUACCAUUGCUGCCUUGGUUGUUACUGCGAUAAGCGUACCGGUUCAUACAUUCGUCAUCAAGCAGGAGCGCAUGGCACAAAAGCAUCUUGCUGCAGCAAGAGAUAAGAAGACCAAAGCAGUCAACGAACUCAUGUAUGCGCUUCGACAGAUCAAGUUCUCUGCUUCAGAAGCGCAGUGGGAGGACCGUUUGGAGACCUUCCGACAGGAUGAGCUUAAACAGCUACGCAGGGUCUUUGUUGCAAAGAACGUAAGAUCUGUAUGGAGCGUUGCGUCCCCAUUUAUUGUCGCUGCGGCUUCAAUCUUUAUCUACGCAUACACCACAAGCUCAAUUUCCCCCUCCAUUCUUUUCCCCAUGAUUGAGCUUUUGCCCCAUCUUCAAUCAACACUGGGGUUUCUUCCUGUUGUAUUCAAUGAUUAUUUCGAAGCCAGGUCCAAUGGGAGCCGCAUAGAAAAUUAUUUGAGAAGACCGGAACACAAGACAGUGCUUACUCCUAGCCCAUCCGGCCAUAUUUCAUUUCAUAAUGCGACCAUUUCGUGGCCUUCCGAUGUGUUGCAACAACAUCGCUUUUCUCUGAGCCACAUCAAUGUGGAUUUUCGCGCUGGUGAGCUCAGCAUAAUAUAUGGAAAGACAGGAUCAGGAAAAAGUCUGUUACUUGCUGCAAUCAUUGGAGAGGUUGACCUCCUCGACGGUACGAUUAAAGCCCCAUCGAUGGCUGAAGGGCAAUCAGUUGCAUUCGUAUCGCAAACUCCGUGGCUUCAGAACACCACAAUAAAAGAAAAUAUUCUGUUUGGGAAUCCAAUGGACGACAAGAAGUAUGAGGAGGUAUUGAAAGCCUGUGCACUAUAUCCUGACCUUGCUGCCUUGCCGAAGGGCGACGAGACCCAGAUUGGCCUCCGGGGUGUCAAGCUCAGUGGAGGCCAACGCGCGAGACUUGCGCUUGCCAGAGCACUAUACUCAAGUGCACAGACAUUGAUACUCGAUGACAUAUUUGCUUCUCUUGAUGCACAUGUCUCCAGGGAUAUCUGCAAGGCACUCACCGGUGCCCUUUGCAGAGGCCGCACGCGGAUCCUCGUAACUCACCAGGUAUCUCUGUGCCUGCCAGAAGCAAACUGUAUUGUCCAUAUAGAAAACAAUACUGCAAGAUACGCAGAAGGAGCUGAAUUCGUUGUGGAGAAGCAGAUUGAAGUCGAAACUGAAAACUCCAUGACAGCUGACCUUCCCAGACAGGAGAAAUCGAAAGAACAUGCAACCACGCUGGCAAAAAGCAAAGGUCUUGACGCGCGUACAGACGCAAAGGUAUAUGAUAUAUACUUCAGCGUAGCAGGUGGAUUGUGGUUCACUAUCAUAUAUCUUCUGGGCCUCGUCACCAAACAGCUUUUGGCCUCGUUGACGACGAGGACUUUGGGACGCAUUAAUUCGGCACGUCCUGAGUCCAUCAGCGUAGAGACAGAUGUCCCACCAGUUGCUCCAGGUUCGAAGGGCGGGUGGGCGCAGUAUCUCUACCUUUAUCUGCUGACUUCUACGACGACCGUACUUUUGGAAUUUCUAUUCAACCUGCAUGCCUAUUCCGGGUCCUUACGUGCCUCUCAAUCACUGUUCCGCGCGGCUACGUUUAGAGUCCUCCGAAUGCCCCUGCACUGGCUCGAUAGCACACCCAUUGGAGAGAUACUCAGACGGCUCACUGUUGAUGCCAAAAAUGUCGAUGAUUAUGUUUUGGUCACCAUGUCUGAAUUUGCGGACAACUUUGUCCAGAUGAUGUUGAUUGUGUGUGUGGGGUUCAAUACGUCUAAGUAUAUGAGUCUGCUGACAUUGACUCUCCUCUACUGGUGUACAAAAGUUAGCAAGCUCUAUAUAAAAGCACGGACGACCGUCAAACGAGCCGACUCGCAACCAACUGCUGCUAUACUUGAACAUUUCACAUCCUCUGCAGCAGGGGUCAUGACAAUCCGGGCCUUUGGUGCAUCAGAUCGGCUAGCUGCACAUAUGCAUGGGCACAUUGAUAGGUUGUCUACGGCUAGAAGACACUUCUUCAUAUUCAACCGCUGGCUUAGUCUCCAAAUGUCUCUCAUCGGCGUUAUCUUCAGCGUCGGAACGGGUAUUAUCCUAUUGUCAACUUCUACAGCCGAUGCAUUUUUGAUCGGCUACUGCCUCAGCUAUUCUAUGCAGUUAUCGCAGGCUAUGUUCAAGGCCAUCAAUAAUUUUGGGAUGCUUGAGACCUACAUGAACUCAGCCGGAAACAUUAUAGCUUACUCCGAGCUGGAGCCAGAAAAGCAAAGUGGCCGCGAAGCCCCUAACAACUGGCCAUCGCUCGGGAAUAUUGAGGUCAAGUCACUUGGCGCUUCCUACGCACCCGGGCUCCCACUUGUUCUGGAAGACGUGUCGUUCAGUGUGAAGGGUCGUGAAAGAGUUGGCAUCGUAGGUCGGACUGGAGCCGGGAAAUCGUCACUAACACUGGCCCUGUUGCGUCUGAUAGAACCCCAGCAUGGUUCAAUAGUUGUUGACGGCAUUGACAUAACCACCGUGGCACUCCGGACCCUCCGAUCACGAAUCGCAUUUAUUCCUCAAGAUCCAGUACUUUUCUCCGGAACAGUGCGAUCUAAUCUAGAUUACAGCCAUCAGAUUUCAGAAGACAGACUCAAUGAUGCCUUACAGCGCGUCAAACUGCUCAAGGAUGACCCGGAAGAUGAAGACUCUGGACUCUUCACACUUGACUCGCGCAUAAGUGCUGGAGGAGCCAACAUGUCCCAAGGUCAACGACAACUCCUCUGUUUGGCACGUAUAUUGAUCAGUAAUCCCAAGAUCAUCAUCCUCGAUGAGGCUACUUCAGCGGUAGAUGAUGAGACGGAUCGGUGGAUUCAGGAUACUAUUAGGAGCCAGUUUAGCGGGACAUUGGUCGUGGUUGCGCAUCGACUGAGGACAAUCAGUUCGUUUGACAAGGUGAUUGCUAUGAGUGAAGGGAAGAUUGCCGAAAUGGGGUCACCGGCUGAGCUAUUAAGGAAGGAGGGGUUGUUCUAUGAUCUCGUUCAGAGUAGUGAGGACCGGGAGUACUUGAUGGAGACGAUUGGAUGA